ACAUGCUCCACUAUUGGCAAUCGUCGUGCCCCGGAUGGCAUUUGGGCCUUGGUUUGGACCACUGCGGCGACUUCUGACGCUAUGCGUGACUUUUAAGAACUGGAUCUGGUCUUUUCUACCCUUAUUGCCACGCCUAACCAACCGGCCAGCAGCUGAAGACGUCUCGGGACAUAUUCAGCCAACUUCAAGUGAGGGACAUUCGGAUGAGAUCGAAUGCGACAAGGUCGAAUCCAUUACCAGGGACGCGCAAGGCCAAUUUAUCUCGGGAGGAAUAACGGGGAUUGUGGAACUCCUUGAUGAUGGAACUGCGCUCAAGUCACCAUUCCCAGAUGCUGAUGUUGAGGCCCACAUCCUCGAUAUUGCCAAAGAAGCCAGCAUCUACCGUCGCAUUGGACCACAUGGGAGGCUUGUACGACUACUGGGUCAUUCUAGGGACGGUCUCGUUCUGGAAUAUAUGGUAAAUGGGGAUCUAAAGACUUAUCUCCAGGCCCAUGAUUCAAUAUCGACGAGUCUCAAAUUGAAGUGGGCAUACCAAGUAGCGGAGGCUGUUGAUCUCUUACAUAGAAAUGGGGUCAUUCAUUGCGACAUAAAGCCGCGCAACCUUCUGUUGGAUGCGACCCUCAACAUCAAAAUUAUCGACUUCUCUGGCUCCUCGCUAGACGGGUCGAAACCGGCCUCUGGCGAGGGCACCAGAUUUUUCCUUCCACGGCACUGGAAAGAUCAACCAACCGUGGCUACUGAUCUAUUUGCACUAGGCUCGACCCUUUACGAGAUCUUCCAAGGUAUCAGUCCCUACGAGGAGCUUCCUAGUGACGAGGUGGAAAAGCUUUAUAAGCAGAAAUCAUUCCCUGAUAUUUCAGAUAUCGUGUGCGGGAACAUCAUCGAACAAUGCUGGCUCUCUCAAGUUGAUUCAGCGGCGCGUGUGCAGUCUGCCAUCGGGGAAAUCAUUUCUUGUACAGUCAACGCCGACUGUAUCCCUCGUCUCGAUGGUUUGGACAUUGGUCAGGAUGCGUUGAUUGACCAAGUGGUUUCUCCCUAGGGUUGGAACAUUCCACACCAUUGUUCCUUGCUGUGACACAUCUAUUCAGGGUUCUCGACGUCGUGUCGCAUAAUGACGGACAGCCACGGUAGUGCUUUCUGGACACAAGGAUCUCGCACAUACUGGAGACUUGAAGUGGUUAUUCAUCUAGAGUGCGCUCCGGUUGAAGGUUCACAUACAUACUUUGAAUUCUCUUGCGUGUCACUACGGGACAAUGAGGUGAUGGUGGAUGCAGAGUCGCAUACCCUUCGAAGAAGAUUGCUAUAAGCAGCAGAAUGCGGACAUGCCAUAAAUGGUAGGCAACAGGCGAAAGCGGGGUAAGAUGGCCAGACUGACAGGGAUAGGCGUCAAAGCGCCAGUCCGGACGGCUUUUGAUAGCUAAUUAGCUCCAUGCUUAUCGCCGCCGAAUCUACUCAAGUUCCAUUCACACUUUUUGAGGUGGUAGUGCACUG